CUAAUAUCUUGUUAGACACAGCUGGGGAGAGUCGCGCCCAACUAAGUUAAAAAAAUAUUUCCAAGGAUAUAUCAUUUGUGCACACCACAGUUUCCUGCUGAUCUUCUGACAUGAAGCUCAAUUUUCUUAUCACGACCGUGGUUCUGCUCGUUGCCUUUCUGCCACGAUAUGAAUGUAGAGCUAUCGAUGGCUCUAGCCAGCAGGUCGCGGAGCUGGACCCACCGCAGCAGACGCAGCCGAUCUUAGCAAGACUGGGAGCGGAGUACUUCAUCCGACUUGGUAACAAAAACAAGAACAACCACCGAGCUCCGUCUGACAUGCACCUUGAUUCAUCUUUGGCAGUGUCCAAAAGAGCACUUCAGCUGCAGCUGACGCAGCGUUUGUUGGAAGGUAAAGUUGGCAACAUCGGCCGCUUCGUCAGUUACGCGCACCAGCCUGACGACUCGACCGACAGAGAGCGGCGGUCCGAAGAGCCGCCGAUUUCUUUGGAUCUGACGUUCCAUCUGCUUCGAGAAGUACUGGAAAUGGCUCGAGCCGAACAAUUAGCCCAGCAAGCCCAUAGUAACAGGAAAAUGAUGGAAAUUUUUGGGAAGUAAGCGUAACAAAUUGACCUGCCAAAGAAAUUUUUACAUUUAGCACAAAACGUAACAUUCUGUACCAUAGCGCUGCUUUUCCAUCCUUAUUUAUUUAUAAUUGUAUUUAUUUAUUUGUAGUUUUAAACGAGAAAGUAAUGGGAGAAUGAAUAUGGACGGUAUCAAGUAGGGAAUUAAAAGUGCGAAAUUGUCAUCACUUUCCGUAAUUGUAUAAGUGCUAAAUCAAAUCUGUAGCAUAAAUACAAUGGUAUAUUCAUUUUCUUUAAAUAAAAAGAAGGUAUUUUCUGAGUACUGUACCGAGAAACUGAUAUUUUAUCUGAUAGACUAUCCAGUUUCAUUGUACAUUAUACAGUACAUUGUUUAAGUUUGUUAAUAAACUAAUGAGCAAACAGCAGUUUUCUUUUGUGCAGGAGAAUGUCUUAUAUUUAUAUUUUUCAAUAAAACAUUAAAAGAGA